UACAUAAUAGACCGGGGGCUCCUCAAAAAAACUCUCCUUCCACACACACAAAAAAGCCACAACGUUCAUAGCUUUGAAAAGGAAAAAAAUAAAAAAAAGUUCAUUGGAGAGGCACAUAUGGAAAUCUCUCUGCUCACAAAAAAACGAAAGAGGGAAAUCUCCACUCUCACCCUUUCAUUUCCUCUCUCUCUUUCCAUAACCACCUUUUCCUCUCCCUCUUCUCUCUUUCAAAACUUUCGAAUCUAGAUCGAGAAAAGAUGAGAGAAAUUAUCAGCAUUCAUAUCGGUUGGGCUGGUAUUCAAGUCGGAAACUCCUGUUGGGAGCUUUACUGUCUCGAACAUGGCAUUCAGCCCGACGACAUGAUGCCAAGUGAUUCCUCCGUUGGAGUUGCGCACGAUGCAUUCAACACUUUCUUCAGCGAAACCGGUUCCGGCAAGCACAUCCCUCGUGCUGUUUUUGUAGAUCUAGAAUCUACCGUCAUCGAUGAAGUCAGGUCCGGUACCUACCGACAAUUCUUCAAGCAACAACACUACAACAAUGUUUCGCAGUUACUUCUUUUGGUUGCUGCGGCGAUUCAGAUGCAAGCAUAUUCAGCUCGAACAACAAACUUGAAGUGCGAGGUUAUUGUCUCAUUUCGAGUUCCAAGACGUAUUCCGCUAACCGACUGGUUUGAUGAACAUGGUGAAGCCACGCCGCUGAUGCGACUAUUCACACCAACCACAUAUUUCCGGUAACAAAUCCAUAUCAAAACUCGGUUUCGCACUAUGUCUUAUUUCAGAUAUUUUAAUACUUUUAUUGGUUUGCCGUUGCGUUAUCAUGAUGAAUUUGUUGCACAAAUUGAUGGUUGUGUGGCUGUUGAUGAAUGAUAUGAGUGGGUAAAGAUAGUAGAGUCUUGGCAUUAGUUUGUUUCGUUACUUAUAUAUGUUGGGUGUUUAUUUUCAUAUGAUAGGAAUACUAAGAACAACAUACAUGCAUACACAUAUUUCUAGCUCAGAUUUUAGUAGCAGAAUUGGUUUACUUUGAAAGGUAAAGAUGCACACUUUAUGAAUGAAAUACCAAGCUAGUGCUCACUAACAAUUUUUGCCAAUGGAUUUACUGUUGCAUCUUUUAUUCUGUUGAUAUGGUUAUUAAUGCGCAUAAGUUUUCAGAAUUGGUAUCUUCUACUCAAUUUAAUCUCAUGUUUUCUUGUUGCUAUGCAAACUUAUGCCUAUACAAACCUCAGUUUUAGGCAAUCGUUCUCAGUUUGUGUUUAAAUAUUCAGGCUGCUGUAAUAAUGUAAAUAUAGCAAAUCAGAAUAUGACAAUUGUAGUAACGAUUGUGUUUCGUUACUAAUAUCGGCAUAAUGGGCUGAUGUAUUGUGUUUAAAUAAUAGAGCCAAUUGUGUUGUGUCUA